AUGCUAGAUUUAAUUUUCCUCUGUUUCCUCUUUUUCCUCUUGUUCAUUGCGUAUUUGGUAAUCAGGUACCCGAAUAGAGCAAUCGGAACAAGUGCUAGACUCGAUCUUAAAGGGCCAAAAGGACAUCCAAUCAUCGGCAACCUAGUUUUUCAUGCGCAUAAUGCGGAAAGGUACCCUGAUCACUUAUCUGAACUGAGUCAAAAAUACGGUGAAACAUGCACAUAUACUUUACCUGGCAUGCGAUUUAUUUUGAUCAGUACGCCGAAACAUUUAGAGCAUGUUCUGAAAGACAAUUUUCAGAACUAUUUAAAGAGCUCUUAUCACAGGCGUAUGAUUAUAGAAUUAUUUGGCGAUGGAAUUUUCAAUGUUGAUGG